ACAGAUCCCUCCCCUUCCAUUUAUUCCCCACUGCUGACCUGAGCCUGAGCCUAAGGGAGAAGGAGGAGGCUUCGGGAGCAGGUGUAUAUGUGUCAGUCUACUCCUCCACAGGGAUGCAAAACCUCUCCACAGGGAAGUCGCUGCCUCACUGCCUCAGACACAGUGCGCAGUUUCCAACAGCCGCCACAUAUAGACCAUACACACACACACACAGGCCAACAACCACCCAAAGGAUCAACAAACCAGAGCCAGACAGAGAAGAGAGGAAUAAGGACCACCUGCCUCCAACAUUCAGAUGAGUACAUGCUGGAACUAGAAGAGGAGAAUCAGAAAGACCUGGCGUAGAUGUUUAGUCUCUGAGUCUCACACCAAAGGCAGGACAACAGAGCUCAGGGCUGUUGAGCUUUUCCCAGGACAGACUGUUGAGAACACUGUGAGAAAGAGAGGGAGAUAGAGGAGCUGAAGGACCAAAGGAGAAGCAGAGUGAGAGGAUGCCCAACGCGGCGCUGGAGGUGGCGGCCCUGUGCCUGACGCUCAUCGGCCUCAUCGGCUGUGCAGCCAGUACGGGCAUGCCGCAGUGGCGUGUGACGGCCUUUAUUGGCGAGAACAUCAUCGUCAUGGAGACGCGCUACGAGGGCUUGUGGAUGAACUGCUUCCGGCAGGCGGACAUCCGCAUGCAGUGCAAGGUGUACGACUCGCUGCUGGCCCUGCCACCGGACCUCCAGGCGGCCCGAGGGCUGAUGUGCUGCGCGGUGGCGCUGGGUGGCCUGGGCUUCCUGGUCAGCAUCGUGGGCAUGCAGUGCACAGGCUGCAUCCGCGACAACGACGGCGCCAAGCGCAUGGUGCUCAUCAUCGCCGGCUGCAUGGUGAUUGGCGCGUGCAUCUGCUGCAUCGUCCCCGUCUCCUGGACGGGCCACGUCAUCAUCCGCGACUUCUACAACCCGCUGCUGAUCGACGCGCAGCGCCGCGAGCUCGGCGAGGCGCUCUACAUCGGCUGGGUGUCCGCCGCCUUCCUGUUCGCCGGCGGCUGCGUGUUCGUCUGCUGCAGCAUUCCCCGCGACGACGACUACGACGACCCACGGAAGGCGUACCGCAAGGCCCCGUACACGCCCUACGUGUCCUACACGCCUCAGCCACUGCUGCCCGCACCCGUGGCCAGGCCCCAGACCAUGUACAGCUACCCAUCCCGGCAGCCCUCCGUGCAGUACUCCGUACAGCCCUCCAGACAGCCCUCAUUCCAGCAUUCCAUCCCGCAGUCCCUGCCGCCGUCCAUGCCGCCGUCCAGGCAGCCGUCCCUGCAGCCCUUCAGGCACCCGUCAAUCCACAGCAAAGUGGCCUAUCUGUAGACGUCCAGCACCAGCCACAGACCUCAGCAGACCUGGAGCAUGGAGCCAUAGCUGCCUCCGGACUGGAUCUGUUCUUUGUCCCACAUUUCAUCUUAAAUAAGGAAGUAAUGACUUUUACAGUAUGACUGUGGAAGAGAUUUUGUAUUCUACAUGAUUUACUUUUACAUUUCAACACUAUAGACACAGUCCUAGAUGGUGAAAGAAGGAUUGGGAAUUGUGUCAUAACCUGAUUCUCUGCUUACAAAAAAACAUCAGCAAUUAUUGGUAGGUAUAGAAUUCCAAGAGAAAAUCUAACAUUAUUUUUGGUAAGUUGUUAAUCAACUGCCUGUUAAUGCACACAGUUGACAGAAAUUCCUGAAUGAUGACCUUCAUUUUGUUCACAAGUGUGCAAAAAGCCACUGAUAUUUGAUAUGGCAUUGAAUAUACAGAGUACAGUAUACUUUCUUGCAGUUUCAGUUAUUUACAUUCUUUGCAUUAAAACAUUUACAUUCAAAUUGACACUUUGUUCAAAAACAUUAACAACAUUUUGUUAGUAAUUUAAUAAAAAAUUAUAUUUGUUAGCAUAGCAUGCGGGGAGAAUGUGGUGACAUAGCAAGUCUUUGUUUUCCUUCUCUUUGUCUUGAGUGUUGUUUACAGGAGUGUCAUGGUGAUCUGUGUGUCCUACGGCCUCAGUAUCUGUUGAGGACAAGCCUGGAUUACAUGUGGAGUGCUGUUCUACAGCAAAGUGAAUGAGGGUGUUACACAUUUUUAAUGUUGAUGUAUUGCCUCAGUUGAUAUGUUUUAUAAUGUGGGACGUGGGUGUCAAUUAAUUAAUGUCUUCAAAAGAGUUGUUGUCUACAGCAGGAGACAUUUAUCUAGCACUUCCUUGUAGAAACGCAGCAUGUUAUGGUCCAUGACUACAGCAACAGGGUUUGCCUGGGGCAACAUCCUAGUCAAUGGUUACUUAACUAAGGACUGGCCAUAAUGGGGACAAAAGCAUUGGUAUGAGUAGUUUGACCAUUUAGGUAAAAAGAAAGGUACACAGGCUGACUAAGGGUCUAACAAAAUAACAGGUUGUGUAUGUAAGAAUAAAAUCUGAGUUAGUGACAGUUUAGCGAUCAAACAGGCGAAGGCCACUCCCAUUCACAUAGCUAUUUGUUUAAAGAUUACUAACAGUGACACUGCAGGAAGACUGACUUAAAAAUAGUUUAACACUCCCAAAAGUUUGUAAGUGGACCAUAGAUUAAUGAUUAAUGUAUAACUUGGUGUAAAAUAAAGUUUCACACAUGAUUUGA